AUGUAUGGACAGGGGCGUACCAAGGAGAUAUGUGUGCGACGCAAAAUUUGGACUGAAACGUUUUUAAAAAAGAAUAUUAGUAAAGUAAGAAAUAAGAAAAUAAAACGGGAAUACUGUCGAUGGACCUCAGAAGAUAUGGACCAUGCGAUAAAACAUACAAACAAAACUAGUGUGGUUUUAAAGGGUUCUGCAGACAUUCCAAAGCCGACUUUUAGAAGGCACUUGCGCUCUUUAAAUAAAAAGGCAAAUGAAGAUGUUCAGUCUUUGGGUCGACACACAACUUUUAGCCCUUACAUUGAAAUGGAAUUGGCAAAACAUAUUGUAAAGCUGGAAAAAAGAUUUUUUGGUGUAACAAUUCGGGAUGUUCGACGAUUGGCUUUUCAAAUAGCUGUUCGGAAUGAUAUUCCACACCAUUUCAAUAUCAAUAAGGAAAUGGCGGGAAAAGGAGGGUAUUAUUCUUUUAUGGACCGACAACCUGAACUGCCACUUAGACAACGAGAGAAAAUCCCCAUGGCCAGAGCAACUAGAUCCAACCAAAAUAUCGUCCAUGAGUUUUUCGAUAUUUUCGAAAAAUGUGUUGAUGAAAACGGUUUUAUGGCUCAAAAAAUUUAA